CCCAGUGCAGGGAAGUGCAGCGCUGGGAUGAGCCUCAAAGUUCUAGCCCUCGCCGUGCAGGGGAUUUAAAGCGGCCACACAGUGAAAGCGCCUCAGCCUCUCCCCCCCGCCCCCAGCCGGGGGCUUUGCCAAGCCGCUGCUGCUCGCAGGCUCCAGCAGCCCCUUGUCUCCACCCCUCCCCACCAGCCCCCCAAGUUAACUCUGAUCUCUCUGCCAGGUUCACCCCCAAAUGCCAGCCAUGAUAGAGAAGGGCCCAGAGGUCUCAGGGAAGAGAAGAGGCAGGAAUAAUAAUGCCACUGCUGCCGCCAGUGCUAAUAAUAAUGGGAAUAAUAAAAGUUUGGGAGCAGCGGCAGCACCCAAUGGAAAUAGCAGCAGCAACUCCUGGGAGGAAGGCAGCUCCGGCUCCUCUAGUGAUGAAGAACAUGCAGGAGGAGGCAUGAGAGUUGGAGCCCAGUACCAAGCCGUGGUUCCUGAUUUUGAUCCGGCCAAACUUGCAAGGCGCUGUCAGGAGAGAGAGAACCUUGGCAUGCUGGUCUGGUCACCUAAUCAGAAUCUGUCCGAGGCAAAAUUGGAUGAAUACAUUGCCAUUGCUAAAGAGAAACAUGGAUACAACAUGGAACAGGCCCUUGGAAUGCUCUUUUGGCACAAGCAUAAUAUUGAGAAAUCCUUGGCUGAUUUGCCCAACUUUACUCCAUUCCCAGACGAGUGGACAGUGGAAGACAAGGUCUUGUUUGAACAGGCCUUUAGUUUCCAUGGGAAAACAUUUCAUAGAAUUCAGCAGAUGCUUCCUGACAAAUCGAUAGCCAGUUUGGUGAAAUUUUACUACUCCUGGAAAAAGACAAGGACUAAAACCAGCGUGAUGGACCGCCAUGCUCGUAAACAAAAAAGGGAACGGGAAGAAAGUGAGGAUGAAAUGGAGGAAACAAAUGGAACUAACCCUGUUGAUAUUGAAGUUGAACAAAACAAGGAGAGCAAAAAAGAGGUGCCACCACCUGAGACACUGCCUCCGGUGAAGAAGGAGAAGCACAGUACACAGGCUAAAAACCGAGCAAAGAGGAAACCUCCCAAAGGAAUGUUCCUUUCUCAAGAGGACGUGGAGGCCGUUUCUGCCAACGCCACUGCUGCUACCACUGUGCUCAGACAACUGGAUAUGGAAUUGGUCUCAAUCAAGCGACAGAUUCAAAAUAUCAAGCAGACAAAUAGCGCUCUCAAAGAAAAACUUGAAGGUGGAAUAGAACAGUACAGACUUCCAGAGGUCGUUCAGAAAUUUAAUGCACGUUGGACUACAGAUGAGCAGCUUCUUGCUGUGCAAGCAAUCAGGAAGUAUGGCCGAGAUUUCCAGGCAAUCUCUGAUGUGAUUGGAAAUAAAUCUGUGGUGCAAGUGAAACAUUUUUUUGUAAGUUACCGGCGUCGUUUCAACAUAGAUGAAGUUCUACAGGAGUGGGAAGCAGAACAUGGCAAAGAGGAGACGAAUGGACCUAGUAACCAGAAGCCUGUAAAAUCGCCUGAUAAUUCCACUAAAAUGUCAGAAGAGGAAAAUGAGGCUACUUCUGUUCUUGAUGUCAGAUAUGCAUCUGCUUCAUGAGAAGCUCGUGUAGCCUAGAACAAUUUGUGUUUGACUACUGUGUUAUCCAGGAUAUCAGGUAUUAGCAAACCUCAGACAGCCAUCUGCAUCAUAUCUAUGUGGACAAGCAGCUAUUACCAAAAAAAGGCAAACGCUUCCAGUCCUGUGCUACAUCUGCCUUAAUUUUUCCUCGUUCCUCCAUACUGCCUCACUUUCUUUCAAAAGCUCCCAGAUAGCGCUCCAUUUCAUCAGUGUCCUGCUUAAGCACGGGGACUUCUAGAACCAGUUACACCUGUGGGUAAAAUCUGGCAAGUCUGCACAGCAAGGAACUCCGGUGUUAGCAGCCCCACACUAAUGCUACACAGUAGGAGCUCUUAUAAUACUUGGUCCUCUCCAUAGGGUAUAAGUACAUAUUGCUGCAUGGCCUUGUGAUCUCUGCUUCCUGUAUAAAGUAAUUAUUAUUCUUACAAUGACACUAUUAUUAGUGAGCUUUCUAUAAAGGAGAGGCUUAUGCACAUGCCAAUGGCAUCAUACUCUGCAAUUACAGGGCAUUUUAGCAAGCAUUCUUAAAUAAUGCAAAGUGAUGUGAAAGGUUAUUCCGAAGGUUGGGGUCUGUCUACAGUUGUAAACAUAACUCAUUACGCUUCUGGUUGGUGCAAUUCCUUUUUUACUCUGUAUUUGUACAUGUUCUUGCUUCAUAGAAAGCUCACUAACUGGUUGAGUGUUUUAUUCCUGGAUAUUUUAAUAGCUUUUAUUUAGUGUAAAAGGGAAUAUGUAACCUGAAAUCUGUCAGAUACAAUAUAUAACCCAUGGCAUUCGGCAUUCACAUUGUAACUUUUUAAGUGAGUGCCACGCAACUUCCUUUUUCCUGACUCUCCCUGGGAUUAAGUCAAAACAACUUUAGCUGGUUCUUCUCCCUUUGGAAUGUCCUUUUUUUGUAAAUUAGGCUACCAUACAGUCACUUUAUUCCAGUGUCGUCAUCGUCGUCCUCUUCAGAGCACUGAGGUUGCCAAAACCACCAAAUUCUUCAUCUCAGUGGAAGGGUGGGGAAGGGUUGACGUGAAAGUGCAACCCUAAAAUGUAGAUUUCAGACUUGGAGGAGACCGUGCAUGGAGGAGGACAAGGACCAUCUCAUUGACCUCAUUCAGUUCUGUAUUGUUCCCCCUUUUGUCACCCUGAUCCCCUUUCUCAAUACUGUACAGGACCUGGAAGUGAUCUGAUUAAUCUAGUGCAGUGUUUCUGAGCAACCUGUCCAUAGACUGGCACCGGUCCGUGACAGCCUCCUUGCUGGUCCUGAGAUUUCUCUGACACAUUUUAGGAAGGUAGCAAGCAGGUCUCUGGUAUCAGAAAGGUUGAGAAACAACUGAUGUAGUGAGCCAAGAAUAAUGCCCUGGGAAGAUACAACUGGUUUCCCUAUAUCAUUGCAAGUUUGACCCACUUUGGUUUUGAAAGCGAUUUCAGUCCCUCUAAAGCAGGAGUUCUCAAGCUAUGGUUUGUGUACCACUUCUGGUAUAUUUGCUUGAUGUUCCAUCCAUUCACUUAAGGGUUUUUUUAUUUUAGUUUUUUUUUUUUAAAGAUGAUGAUACAGGAAGCAGUGAAGUUUGGGAGCUGCUGCUCUACAGUGCGCAUCACUUUCAUUUUCAGAACCAAAAUAUGCAAUUAAAAGGGGAAGAGGCGCAACCCAAAAUUUGCCUUAGCCCCUCUGUAGCCACCCCUCCCAGUGCAAAGGUGAAACCUUACACAGAUACUUCUGUUGCUGGCAGUGCUACUUUCAGAGCUUGGCUCCCAGCCAGCAGCUGCUGCUCUCCAGCCACCCAUCUCUGAAGGCAGCACCACUGCCAGCAACAGCACAGAAGUAAGCCUGGGCAAGGGUCUGGGGUGCCUGAGAGCAGCCUUGGGCUGUGUUCCUGCCCGCUGGGGUGAGCUACCCAGGGCAGGUGGUGGAUCCAGGGCUCCCCAUGGUCUAGGCUGACUUGUUCCAGCCCUGGCUCCUGGGGCCCCGUGCACUCGCUGUUCCCCACGGGCUCUGUCGGCCCUGGAGCUGAAUCCCCCUGCCCGGGCAGCUCUUACAGGCUAUGAGCAGUCAAAGGGCAGUGGGGAGCUGAGGAGCAGCAAGAGGAGAUGGGAGAGCGCUGUGGCCAAUCAUACCAUGAUACCAGCCAGUGCAACAGCUGCCCCGCAUUGCCCAGCUCAGGCUUCCAGCCUGGCCAUGGGGCUGGGCUUUGGGGGGAAGAAGAGCUGCCAGCAUUUAACUGAGGAGCAGGAGGGAGUGGGGCCAUAGAGAAGGGUUGGAUCUCGUGGUGAGGGGGGCAUAGCCCGAUUUUCUGUCUACCUCACCUCAGAGCAACAAACAAAACUAACAGACAUUAUUAUACCAACAAGCGUUUGUGGUGUAGACCUUGCCCAAGUGUCUCCUGUAGAGUUGGUCUUGCACGAUCACCUCCUACUUCCCACCAAGUCUGGCAAACUUAUGAUCAGAAAAGUUGUAUUUUGGCUUUCUCCCCAAAGGAAAAUAGCAUGUAUAAUUCAUUUGAUAUCAGGAAGAAAAAAGUUGUCAUUCUGUUUUGGAGGACUACUAUCUUCUUGUAGUCUUAUACAUACAAUAUAGUCCUGUAUUUUUAACUUCGUUAGGUUUCAUUAUUCUCUUACCUAUUAUGUUUUUAAAUACAAGAAAUCAUUUUAGCUUUGAAAGUUUAAAUGGUUUGGUCUUGUUUAUAUGAAGACCUUCUCCCCUCCCCCCUUUUUUUUCUUUUAAUGGAUCAAGCAUUAGAUACAUCAACUGGUUGCAUUCUGAUUAGAAGGGUCCACAAAGAUUACUGCAUAAGAUGUAAUAUUCACUUAAAUUUUGUUUUCUGAAACUAUCAAUGUGAAUGUUAUAAUUAUAUAUAUUUUGUGGAAUAUGGGAAUUUAUUUCUCCUAAGUAUAAGUUAUUGUGCAAAAAUAUGGUAUUGUUAAAGCAAAUGAUAGUUUAACUUUUAGUUUUAGAAAUCUUAAAGAUAUAAAAGUGUAUUACAUAUACAUAAACAAAUUACAUUUGUUCUAUUUAAUUUUAUGUAGCUGUGUAAAGUGCUAGAUAACUUUUUUCUUCUUCGAGUGGUUGUUCAUGUCCAUUCAAGGUAGGUGUGCGCGCGCCGCGUGCAUGCCAGCAGGAAGAUUUUCCCCUAGCAGCGUCCGUAGGGUCAGCCCUGGCGCCCCCUGGAGUGGUGCCACUAUGGCGCCCUAUAAAGGGGCCCACUGACCCUCCACCCCCUCAGUUCCUUCUUACCGCCGGUGACGGCUAGCUGGAACUUCUCUUGCUCAUAGCAAGUUAGCAGUGUCCUAUCCUUGUGUAUAGUCCGUGUACAUAGUUACGUUAUAGUUAGUUUACUUAGGUCAUUGUAUAUAGUCCUUGGUAGUUGGGGGGGUCCCUCCCUCCCCGCAAGUUUCAUUACCUGCUGGGGAAUGCCCAGGUCUCCCGGGUUUAAACUCUGCAAGGACUGUGGGAAAAUCGUGCCCAAGAGUGACCUGCACUCUGCUUGUUUGAGGUGCCUCGGAGAGAGCCACCAAAAGGACCGGUGCUCUAUCUGCAGAGUUUUCCGUCCGAGAACUCUCAAAGACAGAGGUCAAAGACUUAGAGUCCUCCUGAUGGAGGCUGCCCUGCGGCCACCCUCGGACCUGGAACCGGCCGAGGCGGUGCCCAGCACGUCUUCCUCGGUGCGGAGAGCCCCGGCAUCAGGACUUAGGGCCCAGCCCAAGUCGUCUAAAACCCGGCACCGGAUGGAGUCGGGUCAUAGGAAGUCGGCCUCAGUGGGGCACCGCUCACUGUCGCUGGUGCCCACUAAGAGACCACUGGUGAGGGAACGGUCACCCCACCAGGACUCGAGACCGACACCGUCCGCAGGUGCAAACGGACAAGCUGGGCUACAGACCCCAGCUGCUCCGUUGACUCCUGCACCGCAGAGAGGGCGGUCAAGUCCGGACUGGCCUAGAUCCCUGGACCUCAGUGGAGACUUGCAGCUCCCUUCGACACCGGAGGCGUUCGAGGAGGCCUCAGACUUGAUGGGACUCCCGGCGCCAGCCUCCCCGCACCAUAGGGAGUUGCCUACCGCGGCCCGUCCCCCAGUACAAUCCAGGGGCAAGUCGACCAUGCUGUCGCCUCCCUCCCCGCACCACUAAGGCAGCACCGGACCAGAUAAGAGGUUCCCCGCCUCCUCAGCAUCGCUCUCCAAUGGCACCAGGUGCUGUUCCCCCCAGGUCCUCAUACUCAGAGACUUCAGACUCAGAGGCAGACUCCUACUGCUCCAGCCGGUUGCAGAGCAGGAGAUCGGUUUCGGGGGCAAGCCACCAGCGUUACCCACAGUGGCAGCAGCAAUGGCAUCUGCCCUCACAGUGGCCGUUUUGGACCCCCUGGCCUACGACCAGUCGUUAGGCCAGGCGUUUGGUCCUCGAACAAGGUCGGCCUCGGUCUCCUUGGCGUCGGUGGCCCUGGCGCAGCUGCCUUCUCCACCAGCACCGUUGCCGGGCAGGGAUGUGCCAUAUCCAAGUUCAGCACCCCUUAAACGGGCAGCGGUUACCGUUCGGGCUCAGCAGGCACCGCCCGAUACGCCAAGCCGCUCACUGGCGACCCUGGUACCGGUCACGGUGCCGCAUUUAGAAUCAGAACCAGCCCCGCAACCACAGUACGUCUGCUGCAGGACCCCGAAGGACUGCAUGCACCAGAGGAAGGGCCGAUCCAUAUAAUUUCCUCGUCUUCCUCCCUGGACGAAGCGGUCUCGGGCACAGCUGCGGCCCUGG